AGUGACAACCAGCGCGGCCAGGCCAGCGCAGCUGCCCUCGGCACCUUGGUGUCGGCGGCCUCCACCAGCUGGAUGAGCCGGAAGAUCCAGCAGCUGGAGAACGAGAAUCAUCGCUUGGUGAGGCAGGCUGCCUUACAAAAGACAAGGGAAGCGACAUUCCGGUCUCACUUGCACAAGUUCUUCACUGCGGACCAACUGGCAGCUCUAUGGAGAUCCGGCAACAGGGGGUCCAAGUGGUCUAAUGAGACGGUGAAGAAGUCGCUGCAGAUGCGAUUUGCAUGUGGCAGCUUGGGCUACGACUUGCUACUGGAGGGGAGCUUCCCAUUGCCGUCGUCUAGAACUCUGGGGCGGCGGCUUGAAGGUGAGCACUGCCCUACAGGUCCUCAGUCACUCCACGGCCACUGCCCUGCGCUUCCCGGUGGAGAAUCAUGGCUGGAGCACCAACUUCCUCACCACGGCUUGGUUCUUGGAACAGAGGCACGAGACCCAUGUCCCCUCCAUGGUCAUCGGUUGCAGCUUUUGGCACAGUCAACAAGCUGCAAAGAGCAGCAUGAACAAAAUGAACCGGAAAAGAUGUCCAGCCACCAGCAAGCUGACGACUGCGCCACUUCACCAUGCUGUGCCACAACGCCAAAUUGUGUGCCAACGCCAAGCUGUGCCACGACGCCAAGCCACAUCGCUGAUGCACCAGAUGAGCCUCCGAGAUUUUGCUCAACGCUUUCCACCAACCAGAACCAAAUGUCUGACGACGACCCGUCGUUGCCAAUGCCGACUAACGACCUGGACAAGCAAGCCAGGCAAGCACGGGGUCCUUUUCAGCGUCAUCUGGGCAGCUAUGCCCAAACAGAAACGAAUAAUCGAAAGCGCAGCUUUUGUGAACACUGGUUUGCAAAGUUCAGCUGGCUUGAAUACAGUCCAGCAAAAGAUGCAGCCUUUUGCUUUUGUUGUCGGGCGUUUCCGCCGGGCAGUGGUACCAAAGCACAUUUAGACCCAUCCUUUGUUUCAACUGGGUUUCGAACUUGGAAGAAAGCGAAAGGUCUGAGGGCCAUCUUAACAGUGUUGUGUCAUGGAAUUGCUCCAAAGCAAACAGAUUGA